AUGAUUCUAAGAGACUAAAUAUAAAAAGAAGAUCUUUAAGAAUAGUUUAUACUUAGUUCUAAAAAUUUAUUCAUAGAAGAUAUUCAAAUUAUAAAUCUUUAAGGCUAUAAAUUCUUGAUUGAAGGAGUUGAAUUAUUGGAGAUUAAUAAUAUAUUUCUAUCUUAUAGUAAUAUUAUAGACUCAAAUAUUGAAAAUAAUAUAGAUUAUGUUUUUUCUUCAAAGAAGCAAAUAAAUGUUGAUACUAUUAAGAUUUAUAUUAACGUAUUAGAAUAAUAAAGUUUUGAAUAUUACUUUUAGUUUAAAAUUGAAGAUUAAUAAGAUGAAAUAGCAUAAAUAAAUGUGUAAAAAAUAUAAUAUUAGGAUGAGUCGUCUUAAUUUUAAGGAUAUGGGCUUUUCAAAUUCUUCGCUGAAUACGAUUAAAGAGAAAGCUUUUCAACUUUAGCGUAAACUUUGAACAUAGGAUUGAUUGAUUAUUAAUAAUUAAAUGAUUAAUCUUUCUUGCUUAUUUAAGCAACUAAUAUCAAAGACAUUUCUAUAAAUCAAACAAUUAUUCAUAAUUUUGCUAAUAAUAAUGAACAAAGUUUAUUUGAGUUUAUAUAUGUAAAUAGUUUCUAAAUGAAAUCUAUCUAAUUUACUUAGAAUUCUAAGAUCAGUAACAGUAUAAUUGUAGGAACUGCAGGGUCAUUCUAUUUAGAAGAAAUAAACAUCCAUCAGUAAAACUAAUUUUUAAAAGAUUUUCUUGUUUUAAAUAAUUGCAACUCUAUUAUGAUUAGUAAUAUUGUUAUUACCAAUACAGAAUUUAAUGAAUGCCUUAUUACUGUUUUUAAUUCAGAUUACUUUUAUCUAUUUAAUACAACAAUUCAUAAUAUUACUUUUAUUUAGAAAUCACUCUUCUAAAUUGCAAAUGUUACUAGCUAUAAUUUGACUUCAAUUAAUAUUUAACAAAUCUAGACUUUCUAAUCUCAGUCUAGCAUUUUUAAUAUUGGUAAAGAAUCAUCUCAAUAAUCUGAUUCUAGCUAGUUAUUACAUAUAAAUAAUUUAUACUCCGAUUUGAAAAAUCAGUAGAAUUUAUAGCUCCUACUUUCAAAUGAAGCAAUCAAAUUUAUAGUUAUAGAAAAUUCAUAGAUUAUCAAUGGAUCAUCUAGUGAUUUUGGAGGUUGCAUUAGUAUGUAUCUUAAUUCAAAAUCAAAUCAAUUGACACUCAUAAAUACUACUUUUAAUUCUUGUAUCAGUAAAUAUUUAGGAGGUGCAGUUUAUGGUGUUUAAGUAAUUAAAACUGAUUAGUCAUAAAUUUUUAAUUGUAAUAGCUUAAUCGGUGGAGGUUUUUACGUAUCAAAUAUUUCAAAUGUUAAUGAAAUAAAUAAAAUAAAUUUCAAAAACAAUAGUGCAUUAAUAGCAGAUGAUAAUUACAGUCUAGGUAUUUAAAGUAUUAAAAUUAAAGAAAUUGUUGAAUUAAAUUUAAAUAUGGAUAAAUCGUUUUAGUUUAUUCGAGUUCAAAAGUAUUUAUAUCCUGGUAUUAUGUAUCUUAUAAGAUUAUAACUAAAGAUAAAUAACUAAUGGUAUACCUAAUUCAAUGAUAAAGAUCUGAUUUCUAACAUGUAUUAAUUUGUAAAUGAUCCUACAGAAUAUUAUGUUUCUAUUACUCCUAAUGAAUUAGAAUCCAUUUAAUAUCCUUAUAUUCUUUGGUAGGCAUUUGAAAUUUCUUAAUCAAUUAAUCAAACAACUUAAUUUAUACUUAAUAGUUUGUUUUAAGAAAAAUUUUUAGUAGACUCUAGCUAGUAUCAAAUUUAUAACGGUUGUAAUUCAUAAGGUAUGGAAAAGAUAUAGUUAACAAGCUAUGAUAAAAAUAGAUUUUCUUGUAGAUACUGUGAAUAUAUGAAAUCUGGGUAUUAAAACCAAUGCUAAACUUGCCAAUCUGAAUAUUUUGAAGAAUGUUAUGCUAAUUAUUCAAAAUUAAGAUCGUCUUAUUGGAGAUCUAAAUAUUCUAUAGACUCUUCUGAUAUUCAGCAUUGCUCUAUAAAUCCCUCUAGUUGCUAAGGAGGAAAAGGAAUUCGAAAUGAGUUAUGCUUUGAAGGACAUAUUGGACCAUAAUGUUUAGAUUGUGAUACAAAUAAUACUUAUUGGAAUGAUACUUAUGCUCCUUCAGGUAUUUUUUAAUGCACAAAAUGCAGUUCAAUUCAGUCUAAUACAAUUAAGAUCAUACUAUCAUUUAUUGUAGUUUUUUUGAGUUUAGUAAUGAUAAUAUUAUCUACUAUUAAAAGAUAAUAAAAUGAGCUUCAUGCUUUAUAUUUAUCAAGAAUGGGUAUUUUUUUUAUUGGAAGAACUCUCUACAACAAAAGUCUUACUUCAACUUAUAUGAAAAUUUUUAUUUUUCAUACAUCUAUUUACUUAAUAUCUAUUAAUCUAAAAAGUAUUGAUAUCAUAUCUUCUAUUAUUUCUACAUAAUUUCUUAUUUAUAAUCCUCUACAAUAAUCUUUGAUUUCUUUGAACUGCUUUUUGUCAUAGUUUAGAUCACAAUCUUUUAGUAUCGGAUUUCUGAAUGUCCUAUUAACUUUCAUGAUUCCAGUUUCUUUAUUCUGUUUUAUCAUUGUAAUCUUAGGUGUAGCUCUGCUUUUGAAAAAAAUAGAUUUGAAAAAAUCAGCUUAUGCAGCUAAUCUCUCUCUCAUAUAUAUAUUUAUAACAACAUUCUUUUCUAUUUUGCUUGAAAACUCAUUAUCUAGUUUUAUCUGUCUGAAUCUUGACAAGGGAAAUUCAUAUUCAUUAAUUGAUCUUAAUCUAUAAUGUGUAAAUUCUGAAGAUUUAUAAAAGAUUUAGAUUUUAAGUUUCUUUAUUUUAUUAAUAUUUUAAAUACUAUUUCCUCUAUAUACAUUUAACAGACUGAUAUGGUUUAAAAACAAAUUAAGAAAUGUAAAAGUUAUGUUUACUUAUGGCUUUCUAUACAAUGAAUAUAAAAUGAAAUAUUUCUAUUGGGAAUUAAUUAGAUUAGUGGUAAAAACUCUAUUAGUUGUAUUGAAUGUCUCUUUAAAAUAAUAUUCAUUAAUUGCAGGAGUGAUUAUAUCUUUACUUUUACUAUCAUAUUUAUUAGCAUUAUAAGCAUAUUAGCCUUUUAUUUCAUUAUUCUUGAAUAAGUUUGAAAAAAUUUCUAUAGUAAUUUCAAUUUUAACUUUAAAUUCAACAAUUAUUUUGAAUUAAUUCAAUUAAAGUUAAAAUUAUUUUAGUUUAAUUUUCUUUGUAAUAACCUAAUUUCUCAAUCUGCUAUUUUGCUUAUAUAAUAUUUGGCUAAUAUUAACUUCCUUUAUACAACAAAAAAUGUCUUAAUGGAAAUGCUUUGAUAUACAAUUGCUAAAUUGGAUAAUACCAAAACCUGGAUAAUUAUUUAAGAUAAACGAUAAUAUUAAGAAAUUAAUCAAAUGUGUAAAUUAUUUAAAAUACUAUGAAUAGUAACAAUAAUAACAAUAUGAAUAUUACUGUCCAUUUUACUUUUAAGAAGAUAAAGAAUGA